AAUUUGUUUAAAAACAUGUCGGCACAAUACCAAAAGUUCCUGAAAGUACUUGAAAAGUGGCCCGCGGAUAAGUCAAAAAUCGGCAGCGGCACCUGGCAAGACGAGCCGGCUAGGAAGAUGAGCAACGAGGCCAAGAUAAUAUCGGGCACGGCAGUGGCCAAAAAUAUACGCGAGGAGCUGCGCAGCGAGGUGACCUCCAUGACGAGGCUGCUGCCAAAGUUCACGCCUGGCUUGAGGAUCGUUCAGGUGGGCGGACGCGAGGACUCCAAUGUGUACAUUCGCAUGAAGAUCAAGGCGGCCACGGAGAUUGGCAUCGAAGCGGUCCACGUACAGCUGCCGCGCACCAUCACCGAAGUGGAGCUGCUCGAUAAGAUCAACGACCUGAACGACGAUUCCCGAGUGCAUGGUAUCAUCGUGCAGAUGCCACUGGACUGCGAUUCCCCCAUCGAUUCGCAUCGCAUCACGGAUGCCGUUGCGCCCGCGAAGGAUGUGGAUGGCCUGCACACCGUGAACGAGGGUCGCCUGGCCAUCGGGGAUCUUGGUGGCUUCCUGCCCUGCACUCCCUGGGGCUGCAUCGAGCUCAUCCGUCGCGCAGGCGUCGAGAUCUCUGGCGCCAGAGCCGUCGUUCUGGGUCGCAGCAAAAUCGUGGGCACUCCUGCCGCCGAGCUGCUGAAGUGGGCCCAUGCCACGGUGACGGUGUGCCACUCGAAGACGCGCAAUAUCGAGGAGAUCACACGGAGCGCAGACAUCCUGGUGGUGGGCAUUGGCGUGGCCGAGAUGGUCAAGGGAUCGUGGAUAAAGCCCGGUGCGGUGGUCAUCGAUUGUGGCAUUAAUGUGAAGCCAGAUCCUUCGAAGGCGAGCGGCAGUCGUCUGGUGGGCGACGUGGACUACGAGGAGGCCAAGAAGGUUGCUGGACACAUCACGCCCGUGCCUGGUGGCGUGGGACCCAUGACCGUGGCCAUGCUGAUGAAGAACACCGUCCGUUCGGCGGCCAAGGCUCUCGACCGCCAGCUACGCACCCAAUGGACCCUGGAGCCGCUGCCAUUGAAGCCCCUGCGGCCGGUGCCAAGUGACAUUGUGAUUGCGCGCGGACAGAAGCCCAAGGACAUUGCAUUGCUGGCCACGGAGAUCGGCCUGGAGCCGCGCGAGGUGUCGCUGUAUGGCAACAAGAAGGCCAAAAUCUCGCUGUCGGUGCUCGAGCGUCUGGCGGACAAGCAGGCGGGCCACUAUGUGGUGGUGGCUGGGAUCACACCCACACCUUUGGGUGAGGGCAAGAGCACCUCGUUGAUGGGCCUCGUCCAGGCACUGGGCGCCCAUAAGAAGAGGAAUGUGAUCGCUGCCUUGCGACAGCCGUCGCAGGGACCCACCUUUGGCAUCAAGGGUGGAGCCGCGGGCGGUGGCUACGCCCAGGUCAUACCCAUGGAGGAGUUCAAUCUCCAUUUGACGGGCGACAUUCACGCCGUUGCGGCGGCCAAUAAUCUGCUGGCCGCACAGCUGGACACGCGCAUCUUCCACGAGUGCACGCAGAAGGACAAGGCGCUGUACGAGCGCCUCGUGCCGCGCGUCAAGGGCGAGCGCAAGUUCAGUCCCAUCCAGCUGCGUCGCCUGAAGCGUCUGGGCAUUGAGAAGACCGAUCCGGAUGCGUUGACAGAGCAGGAGUACGGCGCCUUUGCCCGCCUGGACAUCGAUCCCGAGACGAUCAUGUGGGAGCGCGUGGUGGACAUCAACGAUCGGUAUCUGCGCUCCAUAACGGUGGGCCAGUCGCCCACGGAGAAGGGCAUCACGCGGGAGACGCGCUUCUCCAUUGCGGUGGCCAGCGAGAUCAUGGCCGUGCUGGCGCUCUCCCGCUGCCUGAAGGACAUGAAGCAGCGGCUGGCCGACAUGGUCGUAGCCUUCGACAGAGCCGGCAAACCGGUGACCGCCGAUGAUCUGGGCGUGACCGGUGCUCUGGCCGUGCUCUUGAAGGACGCCCUGGAGCCGAAUCUAAUGCAGAGUCUGGAGGGUACUCCGGUGCUGGUGCAUGCCGGACCAUUUGCCAACAUCGCCCAUGGCUGCAACUCCAUCAUUGCGGACGAGAUUGGCCUCAAGCUGGUCGGCAAGGAUGGGUUCGUGUGCACGGAGGCCGGCUUCGGCUCGGACAUUGGCAUGGAGAAGUUCUGCAACAUCAAGUGCCGCACCUCUGGCCGGAAGCCGAAUGCCAUGGUCCUUGUGACCACCGUGCGGGCCAUCAAAAUGCAUGGCGGCGGUGCAGCCGUCACACCUGGGGCGCCGCUGAACAAGCAGUACACCGAGGAGAAUCUGGAGCUGCUGGAGAAGGGUCUGCCCAAUCUGCUGCAGCAUAUCGCCAAUGGCCAGGCCUUCGGCAUGCCCGUGGUUGUCUGCAUCAAUGUCCAUGUCAGCGAUACCCAGGCGGAGCAUGAGCUCCUCCAGAAGGCCGCCCUGCAGGCGGGCGCCUUUGCUGCCGUUGUGUCCACCCAUUGGUCGGAUGGUGGCGCCGGUGCCGUGGAGCUCGCGGAGGCUGUCAUCAAGGCCUGCGAAAGGGGCAACAACUUCAAGCUGCUGUACGAUCUGAAACUGCCGCUGCUGGACAAGAUGACGAAGAUUGCGACGACCAUGUAUGGUGCCGGCAAGGUGGUGCUCUCGGCAUCCGCCCAAGAGAAGGUCAAGCGAUUGACAGAGGCGGGCUUUGGCAACCUUCCCAUUUGCAUGUCCAAGACCUCGGGCUCUCUGAGCGGUGAUGCCAAAAUCAAGGGCGCCCCCAAGGGUUUCACACUGGACGUGGAGGAUGUCUAUGUCUCGGCGGGAGCUGGCUUUGUGGUGGCCAUGUGCGGAGAGAUUACCAAAAUGCCAGGACUGUCCACGCGCCCGGCCAUCUAUGACAUUGACCUGAACACGGAGACGGGACAAAUCGAGGGUCUCUUCUAGCUGCGGAGAACUCUGCCAAAAUCCAAGACAAAGGAUGUACGCCUGGAUCCUGCCUGUUCGUUUUGCAUUUAACUAUAAAAAUUCCAAGUUUUUAAACUGUAAAA